CUUAUUAGUAUCUAUCACCUUUUUUUGCAGGGUGUUGGCUUAAAACAUGAAGUUCUUGUUCCCGAAAACAAUGUUAUCAACAUGCCAAAUAGUCUCAACAUUAAUCUCAACAAUCAUACUAACAGCCUGAACAACUUCAACAACAAUAACAACAAUAACAACAAUAACAACAAUAACAACAAUAACAACAAUAACAACAAUAACAACAAUAACAACAAUAACAACAACAACAACGAUAGCAGCAGCAACAACAACAGUAGCGGCAGUAGCAGUAACGAAGAAUGGGUUGCAAAAACAGAAAUUGAUGGGGCAGAUUUAAAAAACUUGCAAAUUGAUUGCGUUGUCUGUGGAGACAAGUCGUCGGGAAAACACUAUGGGGUGUAUACAUGCGAAGGUUGCAAAAGCUUUUUCAAACGAAGUGUAAGGCGAAAUUUGACGUAUACUUGCAGAGCUCAGAGAAAUUGUCCAGUUGAUCAACAUCACCGAAAUCAAUGUCAACAUUGUCGACUAAAGAAAUGUUUAAAAGUUGGAAUGAGAAAAGAAGCUGUACAACGAGGACGACUAGUGAAUCAAAACAUUGGCAUGGGGCAGCUAAUCGACAACGGAAUGCUACCGGUUCCAUCCUUUAUGUCUGGUUUCGUCUCGUUGCUGCUAAGAGCAGAACCUUACCCUGUUCUUCGUCAUCCAUCUAUGGCCGCAUAUGGAGGAAUGGGGGUCGAUAACUGCGAAUUAGCUGCACGGUUAUUAUUUAGUGCAGUUGAAUGGACAAGAAAUAUCCCAUUUUUCCCAGAUUUAGCAGUAACAGAUCAAGUAGCCUUAUUGAGACUAGGAUGGAAAGAAUUAUUUAUACUUAAUGCAGCCCAAUGCCCUAUGCCAAUACAAGUAGCGCAUUUGCUGAAUCCACAAACGAAUUCAAAUAAUUCUCACGAUCGUGUUGUAUCGUUUUUGGAUCAUGUUCGUAUACUACAAGAUCAACUCGAUAAACUAAAAGCCAUGCACGUCGAUCCAGCGGAAUAUGCAUGUCUAAAAGCUAUCGUUAUUUUUACAUCGGACGCACCUGGAUUAGGAGAUCCUCAGUACAUUGAGACGUUACAAGAGAAGACACAAUGCGCACUGGAAGAUUAUACCAAAACACAAUAUCCAAAUCAGCCAAAUCGUUUUGGAAAGUUACUUCUCAGGUUACCUUCCAUCAGAACAAUUAGCGCUUCUGUGAUUGAACAAUUAUUUUUUGUUCGGCUGGUCGGUAAAACGCCGAUCGAAACAUUAAUAAGAGACAUGCUGGUGACAGGUACUUCGUAUAACUGGCCAAUCGUGUCUUAUCCUCCUCGCAGUUAAUAACAAAUGUACUUAUAAAACGCUUUUCAAAUUUUUUACAUAAAUUAACAUAUUAUUAUGGACUGUCCAUAUUCGAAAAAUAGUCGCAGGAAGUAAAUAAAUAAGUGAUAAACAUGUCGUAAAUAAUAACACGGAACAUACCUGAUUACUUUCUUUAAAUUAAAACUCGACUCCGGUGAAACUAUGCAUAUGAAACUUUUUAAAUUCUCAAAUACUUUACAGGCGUAUUUUAUAAAUUACUCAGCCAACUAUUUUCGUGGGGUUUGAAU